UUAUAAGUCAAUUUCACCAUCACAUCAUAUCACUAUAUUUUGGUUGGUUCAAUUUACAAGCAAACCUCUUCAUUUCAUUUAUCUCUUCUCAACAAUACACACAACACAAGCCUCUUCAUUUCUCUGAUUCUCUCUACUAAGCCAUGGCACCAAAGAAGAAGAGAGCAAGGAAGCAUAAAAGGAAAACCUAUGAUGAUGCUGAAAAUGCUUCCCAAUCUGAGUCAACCAAUCUCAACGACGCGUCAGAUUCUUGGGAAUGUCCUACCUCUGCUAGAAAGAAUUUAACUGAGAAUUCUAAAGCGGUGUCUAAUCUCCGCCGCAGCUCCUUAAGAUCAGCUGCAAAGCCUAUUCAAAAUGGAAUAACAUCUGCUCCUGAUGACAUCCAACAAGUUGAUGAUCCGGCCGAGACAGUCGAUUCGGGAUAUAAAGGUUUAGACAAAGAUUCUGAGAAAAAAGAAUCCCCUUCAAGAUACCUAGUAUCAUGUGUUUCUUCUCCAACAUUGGAACUAAUCCCUCUUGAGAAGGAUUUGGAAGGGGAAAUAACAAAUGAUAAUCAAAGGAAGUGUACUUUAAGGGGUGGAUGUUCAUCCCCAUCAUAUGGCUUGAAACUAUCUGAAAUGGUUGCUAUGGUGGGAAAUGAAAAUGGCGAUGAGGUUGAUUCUGAGAUACCGAGCCGGGCGGAAGACACGGUGAAUGGAUAUCAUGUGAAGAUGGAAUUCAUGCCAAUAUUAAGAAGAAUAAUAGACAAACAUGGCGAUAUUGCUAGGAAUUGUGUGACAGAAUCGGUGAGACACCGAUCAGAAUUGUUGGAGAUUAUCUGCGGAAUCAUAUCGGAUUUCGAAAAGAAAGAUGUUCGCAGUAUUAAAGGAAGUUCCUUGAAAGACAAGAUUGCUCUUGUAGAUGGGUUAAGAAAUAUGAAAGUGGAAGUUGAAUGGCUGCACGCGAGGCUAACCGAGGUGCUUGAAGCAAAUGAGAUUCUUAUGCAGUCUAGUGAGCUGAAACAGAAAGCAGCCAAGAAUAGGAAGCUUGUGGAACAGUCCGAGCUUGAGUUGGAGGAAUGUGAAGCGCAGAAGAAGGAACUGACUGAGAAGCUGAAAACAGUAUGUGAGAAAGAGACUCUUUGCAAAGAGAAUCUGGCCAGAGCAAAGGAUGAGUCUGCCGCGACAUCUCGAGUAAUCGGGUUUGCCAUAUCUAAAGUCGGACGCUUUCUUAAUUGCUCAAUGGUUGAUGCUUUGAUUUAGCUUUGCAGUUUUAUUUUCCUGUUUUCUUGGGUGUAAUGGUAAUGGUUUUAGGAUUGCUUUCUGUGUCUAUUAUGGUUGCAUGUGUAAGAUUAUAACCAGGUAUUCAUAAUGUACAUACGAAUGUGCCUAUAGAUUUGCUUCCAAGGUUAUCUAUGGUUGAGGAAAACUUAAAUUUCUGCAGAAGGAA